AUGCCGGGCUUGGGAACGGGGUUUAGAUAUAAUGAAGUCGGAGAUGUUGUUCGCUUGGACCCAAAUGAUCCUCAUAGCCUUGUCAAGGAGCUAAGACGGCGGGGCCUAGCCGGCGUUAUUGUAUGGCCAACUGAAACAUUUGUAAUUGGCGGCUUAGGUCAAUUAUACUUGAUCGAGGAAGAUGAUAUACCCCUUAGUAUCGUUCGAGAUGCCGCCUGGAGUGUUGCUGUAUAUCCUGCUAGUCAGGCCCGCAAAGUGGCGCUUUAUGUUGGAUGUGAGGAUUUACGAAAACUGGCGUUCAACCAUCGAUGUCCUGCAUUCCUUGGGGGUAACCCCGGAGUUGAUAUAGACACUUCCCUUGCUCCGCCACCUUACAAAGAGAAGGCGACGCCUCAAGAAAAGGUUGAAGAUCUAGAAUGGUUUGAUCCCACCAUAGUCAACUCCACGGGUGACUCUCGGUAA